AAGAAAAAAAAACUAACCAAAAUUAACAAACAUUCAAAAAAAUAGUGUUAAAAUUAAGUAAUUAAUAACUUAUACAUUUAAUCAAAAAAUAAUUAUCUCUUAGGUGUACAUUCCGUCCCGAUUACCUCUAAAAAUUUAUGAAUAUUUAUACAAUUUAUAAAAUAUAGUUUAAAUGUGUUUAUCAAAGUCAAAAUAAAAAUAUAAAUAACGUGCCAACUAUAAACAUUAUUUCGAAUAAUCCAGUUGAAGUGAAAACAAUAAACAGUUAAUAAAAUAACAAAAUCAACAUGGCAUCACAACCAACAACACCAAAAUUGAAGGAACUUCGUUUACCCAUGUCAAGAGUCAAAACAAUUAUGAAGAGUUCACCUCACGUUGAUUCAAUUGCUCAAGAUGGUCUUUUUCUUGUAACAAAAGCAACAGAAAUGUUUAUUCAUUACUUGGCUGAAGAUGCUCAUACAGAAGCAAACAAAUGUCAAAGUCUUGAUUAUAAACAUUUAGCAGAAGUUGUACAAACAAAUGAGACUCUAGAAUUUCUUAAAGAAAUAAUGCCAAGAAAAAUAACUGUUCGACAAUUUAAAGAAAUAAUGGCUGAAAAAGAAGCAUCACUUCGUUCAAGUUCAUCAGAGAGUUCAUCAGAUUCAGACUCAGAUAGUCAGUCUGACAGUGAAUCAACAUCUGGCUCUGAAUCUGUUAAAGUUGAUGCUGAUAAUUCUGAUAGUGAUACCAAUGCUGAAAAUGGUAAAACACCAUCAUCAGAUCAAAGUGAUUCCAGUGACGAUGAAAAAUAAAAAAAAAUUAUUUUUAUAAGGUCUAAUAUUGAAAUAAUUGAUAACAAGUAUUUUUUAUAAU